UCUCCUCGGCGGGGACGGCGGCGCCGGCGGGAGCUAGGAGCCGCGCGCACAGCGGUCCCGGCGCCCUCCCCGCACACAAAGGCCCGCGCGCGUCCGGCGCCCGCGGCGGGGACCGAGGCCCUCCUGCUUGCUCCGCGGGCCGGGAGCCGCGAAGACCGAGGAGGCUCCCGCGCGCCCGCAGGCGCCUCUCGCCGCUCCGCGCUCCGGGACAUGGAACCGCGCCGACGCGGCGCCCGCGCGCUCGGGCCGCUGCCCACCCCCCUGGAUCUAUAGUGCGAGGCGGCCCGCUCGGAGCGCAGCGUCCGCCGCCAGCGCGAGUCGUCUCUCCGCCUUUGUGUCCCGGCCGCGCGCCCUCCCUGCCGCCCCGCGCCCGGCACCCUGGAGCCACACGGGAGCCUGCCGUCCGAGCUGCGUCCGGCGCGGCGCCCCGGAGCCCCGAGCCCGCCGCGCCGCCGCGCCCCGCGCGUGCGCUCCCGCCCCGCGCCCUGAGGGCCCCGAGCGGAGCGCCCCCCGACCUCGGCGACGCCUGGAGCUGCUCGGCGCGCCCCGGAGCUGCCUGCCGUCUCCCCCUUGUGUGCCCCGAGGAUUGGGGCUCCGGCCUGCGCCCAUUCCCUCCGUCGUCCGGAGUGCGCGGAGCUGGGAGCGGCUUGGCCAUGGCCGCGAGGAGGGACUCCGUGUGGAAGUACUGCUGGGGAGUUUUGAUGGUUUUAUGCAGAACUGCCAUUUCCAGGUCGAUAGUUUUAGAGCCCAUCUAUUGGAAUUCCUCGAACUCCAAAUUUCUACCUGGACAAGGACUGGUACUAUACCCACAGAUAGGAGACAAAUUGGAUAUUAUUUGCCCCAAAGUGGACUCUAAAACUGUUGGCCAGUAUGAAUAUUAUAAAGUUUAUAUGGUUGAUAAAGAGCAAGCAGAUCGAUGUACUAUUAAGAAGGAAAAUACCCCUCUUCUCAACUGUGCCAGACCAGACCAAGAUGUAAAAUUCACCAUCAAGUUUCAAGAGUUCAGCCCUAACCUCUGGGGUCUAGAAUUUCAGAAGAACAGAGAUUAUUACAUUAUAUCUACAUCAAAUGGGUCUUUGGAGGGCCUGGAUAACCAGGAGGGAGGGGUGUGCCAGACAAGAGCCAUGAAGAUCCUCAUGAAAGUUGGACAAGAUGCGAGUUCUGCUGGGUCAACCAGGCAUAAUGAUCCGACACGACGCCCAGAACUAGAAGCCGGUACAAAUGGAAGAAGUUCAACGACAAGUCCCUUUGUCAAACCAAAUCCAGGUUCCAGCACAGACGGCAGCAGUGCCGGGCAUUCGGGGAACAACAUCCUCGGUUCCGAAGUGGCCUUAUUCGCAGGGAUUGCUUCAGGAUGCAUCAUCUUCAUCGUCAUCAUCAUCACGCUGGUGGUGCUCCUGCUCAAGUACCGGAGGAGACACAGGAAGCACUCGCCGCAGCACACGGCCACGCUGUCACUCAGCACGCUGGCCACCCCCAAGCGCAGCGGCAACAACAGCGGCUCGGAGCCCAGUGACAUUAUCAUCCCGCUGAGGACUGCGGACAGUGUGUUCUGCCCCCACUACGAGAAGGUCAGCGGGGACUACGGGCACCCGGUGUACAUAGUCCAGGAGAUGCCUCCCCAGAGCCCGGCGAACAUUUACUACAAGGUCUGAGACGCGGCAGUGCCUUCGCUUUCCCAGAGGAAGCCCACUGUCCCGCCACCGCCCUGAGGAGGGUUUGAUGACCCCCCCGUGUCUCGAAUGGACUGGAGCACGGCGGGGGAGAGGGAGCACUCCUUCUCGGAAGAGCCCUGUUGAGUUGGACAGCUUACCUAGUCUGUAGCGCCCGGACCGCGGUGAAGACAGACGCCCACCGCCGGCCAGGAGACUGGCGUGGAAGGUGCCCGAUGGGACCGCAGCGCCCGCCUCCCCCCUCCACCUCCAAGCCAUGCGCCGCGGUCACCCGGGCCUGCAGGAAGCCGAGGGCGACAGAGCGGCAGCGGGCGUGGGGGGGACUGGGCGAGCCGUGAGCAUCCCGGGCAGGUGUCCCCCGGGGCCGCGGGGCCUGGAAACGCCGCCUUCUGCCUUGGGCGUCCCUCCCGAGGAGCGUCCGGACUUGUCACACAGACCUCUGGCUGGGGGAGGCUUUCAGAGGUCCCGCGCCCAGUCCUCACCGUUGCACACACCCCUGCCGACCUCCGGGGCCCCGCAGUGCGAGCCCCUCACUCCACACCCCGCAUCACUGCUGGCACACUCACCUUGGGAGUCUCCUGCCCCCACGCCACGGCAGCUGGAGCCGAUGGGUCCUACACUUCUAGAAAUUGUGUCUGCUACUAAGGAGCCUUCAGCUGCGGAAGACCAGAAAGACCAGGAGCUCACGGAAGGGGGGAAAGCAUUUAGGAGAACAGCAGAGAGCCGGAUCUGACCUAGAAGUUUACAAGCCAAAGGUCAAACAGGCUGUGAUUCCAUCAUCAUCCAUGUUAUUGAGGCAUUCUCCUAUGUGAAAGGUAGGUCAGAUUCCCCACCCCACCCCCCCAGUGCCCUCCCCCCGCACCCCCACUUGAGCCUCACGACACUUUGGUUUAUGGCGGUGCUGUCCUGUCCGGCUGCAAGGGCGGACGCGGAGGUACUGAGUGAGGCCACAGCCCGCACGCUGUGUCCAGGUGACGCAUACUGCGAACUUCUUUGAGUCCUUAAAACGGAAAUAAAUCAUGAUGUCGAGGGGGGGAGGAAGAUGGCACAUAUUUAUAACAGGUAUAUAGAACACAAGGGAUAGAAACUGACAGAUUUGUACUAAUAUAUAUUUUAAGAUUGCACACAAAUCACACCAGAAAGACGUGAAAUUCACUUGUGGCAAUUACGUGGUCCCAACGCUCAGUGCUUAAAAAAAGAAAAAUUGGACAGCUCCAUCUGGGAAAAACAACAUCACUCCAAAAAUAACAAUAACGGGAGUAAAUACAAAAAUAACCCAGUCCUCUGAAGGCAUCUCACGUAACCGUAGACUAGGAAAUACAAGCCCUGCAUACCAGGAAAUGGAUGUUACCGCAUCGUAUGUUUAACAGUGGCAAGAUGUUCCGGCAUUUCAUUUCUGUGUUGUGUAUUCCCUUGCCUUAUGGCUGAAGUGUUCGCUAAAAUCCACCGGGUCCCCUCAGAGGGGGCUUAGGGCUGAAAGUUUAGCUCCGGCCCCCUUCCCCCACCCCCUCCCCGCCCCCUCCCUUUUGGGAAACAAAACGAGUAAACAGGAAACCUACUUUUUAUGUGCUAUGCAAAAUAGACAUCUUUAACAUAGUCCCGUUACUAUGGUAACACUUUGCUUUCUGAAUUGGGAGAAAAAAAAAAAUGUAGCAACAGCAUUUUAAGGUUCUCAGACCUCCAGUGAAUGCCUGCAAAAAUGAGUUGUCACAGAAAUUAUUCCUUCUCUAUUUCCUGAACCUGAAAAUGAUGUUGGUCCAAAGUGCGUGUGUGUGUGUGUGAGUGGGUGAGUGGUAUACAUGUGUACAUAUAUGUAUAAUAUAUAUCUACAAUAUAUAUUAUAUAUAUCUAUAUCAUAGUUCUGUGGAGGGUUGCCAUGGUGACCAGCCACAGUACAUAUGUAAUUCUUUCCAUCACCCCACCCUCUCCUUUACGUGCAUUCGUACAAGAUUUUCUUGUAAGCCAUCAAAAAUUACCUUUAGGAUGGGGGAGAGGGGCAAGAAGGGGAAACAUGGGAAAUAGUCUGAUUUUAAUGAAAUCAAAUGUGUGUCUCAUCAGUUGGCUACCUUUUGGUUAUAUAUGCUAAACUGUGAAAAAUCAGAUGAAUUUGAUGAAGAGUUACCUGCAACCAAUGGAAAAGUGUUCUGUGCGUCUGUUUUGUGUCUGGUGCAGAAUAUGACAAUCUACCAACUCUCCCUUUAUUUGAAGUUGGUGCCGCUUUGGAAAGUUACUGUAAAUGCCUUGCUUGUAUUCUCAUCCCUAGUCACCUGACUUUGGAAUUUGCACCAUAACGUUUAACUGAAGAUGCUGUAAAUAGGGUUCAGAUUUUACUGUAUAUGGAUUCGGGGUGUUACAGUAGCCUUAUUCACCUUUUUAAUAAAAAUACACAUGAAAACAAGACAGAAAUGGCUUUUCUUACCCAGAUUGUGUACAUAGAGCAAUGUUGGUUUUUUAUAAAGUCUAAGCAAGAUGUUUUGUAUAAAAUCUGAAUUUUGCAAUGUAUUUAGCUACAGCUUGUUAAACGGCAGUGUCUUUCCCCCCUUUGCACUGUAAUGAGGAAAAGAAAAACGGUAUAAAAGGUUGCCAAAUUGCUGCAUAUUUGUGCCGUAAUUAUGUACCAUGGAUAUUUAUUUAAGAUUUCGUUGUCCAAUUUGUAAGUAACACAGUAUUAUGCUUGAGUUAUAAAUAUUUUUGUUCUUUCUUCAUUUUAUUUUAAUGGCCUGUCCUAGGUUUCCAGCCUCCUUCCACAUUGCAGUCAGCC